UUUCCACCAGCAAGUCCUACCAUAACUGCAUCCUCGCCAGUCGUGGCGACAGAAGACAGCUGGAGUGAGUUGCUCCAGUCCUUGAUUCUUGAGGAAAUUAGUGGUUAUACCAAGGUUAAUAUUUCUAGUCUUACACGUAGUAAUUCCGGGGCUGCCACGAGGCACUCCUAAACCGGUACCUUCAUGUUCACGGGGAAAUGGAUCAAGAAAUGGGAGAUGAAGCUCGCCCAUUGGGUUGGCUUGGGGAGGCAGAUCAAGGCCACUGACCCAAUCUCCAGCGAGGACGUCAACCUUCUGCAGCAACACGAGGCUGCUGCUGCACGAGAGGACCAGACAACGAGGAAGCCCUCUCCAUUCCUGGCCGGGUUAUCACCAGCGCGGUUCUGGACUAUAUUCUCGCAAAUCCUCGCGACGCAGUUCAUCUGCUUCUUUGAUACAACCAUCAUGGCAUCCUCCCAUCCAGCUAUAAUGUCGUACUUUGGUGCCGCCCACUCUGCAUCCUGGCUUUCGACGGCUUUCAUGAUAACGUCAACUGUCUCACAGCCAUUUCUUGGCCGCCUGUCGGACGCACUCGGUAGGAAGCCGCUUUUUCUCGGCACCACGGCCAUUUUGUCAGUAGCCACGCUCUGGUGUUCUCUCGCCACAAGUAUAGGAAGCCUCAUUGUCGCAAGGGCAGUGUGCGGGAUAGGUGCUGGAGGCACUCUGCUAAUGGGGAGUAUCAUGAUGAGUGACAUGAUACCUGUCGAACGUCGAGGGAUUUAUCUAUCAUAUAUCAACGUUGUAAUCGGCAUCGGGGCCGGGUUAGGGGCCACAUUUGGUGGUGUCAUUGCCGAGGCAAUCGGCUGGCGAUGGGAGUUUGGCGUGCAGGUUCCUCCGCUGCUAAUAUGCUUAGGUAUUGUUGGAGUAGUCAUUCCAGAUAACUUGGGCGUAGUUGGGGAGAGGGAGCCUGUAGAAAAGGUCAUUAGAGAGUUUGACGCGCCUGGUGCGUUCUUGCUUACCCUGGCUGUGUCGACGCUCAUUUUUGGGUUGGAUCUCGGCGGCAAUAUCCUUCCUUGGUCUCACCCAUUUGUCGUCGCCUCCUUGAUGGCAUCUACCAGUUCUUUCCCAGCGUUCCUCCUGAUCGAGUCUCGCGUGGGAAAGCCCAUUAUGCCACUGAGAUUCAUCUCUGGCAGGCCACGAGCUAAUCUGAUUCUUUCCAACUUCUUGGGUGCGAUGAUCUCAAAUGCCAUCCUAUUCAACGUGCCACUAUACUUUCAAGCCGUGCUUUUAAUCAGCGGUACCUCGUCUGGCCUCCGACUUAUGCUUCCGGCCAUCGUAUCAGCUGCUACAGGUGCUUUGAUCGGGUUCUUGAUUACCAGGACGCGACGCCUGCAUUGGCCACUUGUGUGCGCCGCAGCAUUGUAUGUGUUUUCUAUCAUCUGGCUGGUCUGCAUGCAGCGGGGCGCCUCUGCUGUGGUGUAUUUGCUCCCCUUAGUUCCAUACGCUGUUGCGAAUGGACUACAGUACACCACUACCGCUGUGGCAGUCCUUGCCACGUCUGCGCAUGACGAGCAGGCCAUUAUUGUGAGCACUCUUUUUAUCUGGCGCAGCAUAGGCACAAUCCUAGGUGUCGCGCUAAGCAGUGUUGUUGUUCAAAAUGCGCUCCUACGAUACCUCCAUAUCUUCGUUCACGGGCUGCGAAAAGACGAGGUCAUUGCCCUAGCGCGGGCAUCGGUCGACGCAAUCGCGAAGUUGGACCAACCAUAUAGGGAGCAAGUAGUGCAAAGCUACGAGGCUGCAUUACGCCUGGCAUUCGGGUCCUGUCUCAUUGCUGCGGUUAUAUCUGCACUCCUGGUGCUGCCUAUUAAGUUGCCGCGGUUGCCGUCGUCUGCGAAGAGCUAGAUUCUGCUGUUGCUUGAAAUUCGACAUCUAUAAUUCAAAUGCAUGCGUUUUAUCACCCAA